GCCUAUGUUUGUUUGGAGCAUUGCUAGAUGAUCUUUGACAGUGAAUUGACGCCCCCGGUUGACCAAAUUAGCGCAUCCUGGCAUAUAGGCCUACGUAAUUGCACACACAAACAGCAAUACACACUCUCUCUAACGGGGACUUUCAGGCGACAGUUUGCUCUCUCUCUCUCUCUCUCUCUCUCUCUCUCUCUCUCUCUCUCUCUGGAUGGAUGAGCCCUCGCAUCGGAGUCGCCAUCAUUACAUCACCUAUCCCCACUCAGCCGAACACGAAAUGAGAGCUUUUAAAUAUAUUUAACCGGGACCCCGAUCGUCGUUUAGACUGAGUAGCAGACGCCCAUCCCAUAAUAAAAACAAAUCAACAAUAUAUAUCUGCGGGGAUGGUGGCGUUUCAAUGAGCGGGGAGGAGAGGAGGGGGAGAGGAGGAGAGACGUGUACCGUCAUCAGCAUCUGUCCGCCAGCUUCCUUUUGUUUUCACCGGAGAAUGUGAAUGGCGAAAGAUGACAUGGCAGAGGUAGAUUUGGCAUCAAACGCAGCGGAACCCCCCGGCGAGGCCCCCUCGGCGUUUCCCUACGAGGAGUACGAAUGCAAAAUCUGCUACAAUUAUUUCGACCUUGACCGCCGGGCUCCAAAGAUCCUCGAGUGCCUGCACACGUUCUGCGAGGAGUGCCUGAACACGCUUCAUCUUCGGGAGGAGCGGCCAUGGCGCAUCAGCUGCCCCGUCUGUCGCCACCGGACUCCUGUGCCGGAUUAUCGGAUACAAAACCUGCCCAACAACACCAAGGUGACGGAGGAUUUCCCGCUCUACAUCGACUCGGACCCCCUGCCUCAGGACGCUCUGCCGCCGUACCCUCCCCCGCUGCACCCAGCUCUGGUCGCCCUCCGCCGGGAGGAAGCGUCGGGGACGUCCAGUGUCAGCCAGGCGACCCCGUCCACCACCGUGUCCACUGCCACGACCCUCUCCCAGGACUCGGUGCGCUACGACAGCUGCCAGAGCUGCAAGAGAGUGGCACUGACCACCGGCUGCGUCUGCGUGAUCUUCUCCUUUCUGUCCAUGCUGGUGUUGCUGUUCAUGGGCCUAAUCUUUGUGCACAGUCAUAGCAUUCCUCCCUCGCCGGCGGGACCCAUUUGCUUGUCGGUUGCCAGCAUCCUGGCCAUGUUCUCGGUGGUCGUCACAUGGCUCAUCUGCUGGCUCAAAUACAGGCCAGACCAUGAGACAGGCCGGUCAUCCGCCACCAGUAACUCCCGGAGAAACGCCUGAUAGGCUGCUGGCUCUGAUUAUUGCUGGAGAUGUUGUACUGUGGAUGUGUGAUUGUGUACAUAAUACCUCCCUUUACCUUUUCUAGGAAUACAUCUUGUCCAAAAUGGCCUUUUAUCAGGAUAGCAAACACCCAAAGGCCUUCAUGUUGUUUGGAGCAAUAGGCCGACAUGAUCCUUAAUAAUCUUUUCCUUAAGUUGUGUAGCCUACUUAAAUUCACAGUAGGCCCAGCUGACUGGGCAUCUCAAUAAGUGAACGUGUCCAAUACUUAGACCCCUGUUGUUGGUCUAAGCUGAGGUUGGUGGUUUGAGGACUGAAUGUGAAGUGCUUAUUUCCAGGGUUUGAUACCCUCCCCACCCUAUCUUGCUAAAUUAUAUGAAUAUGCCACUAUGGUAACUGCCCAUGAUGAUCCACUCUUAUAUCUCAACAACACACUGUUGUAUUGUACAGAUACUUUGUAAUGUUCACUUCUGAUUUUCCAGGUGAUGGAUUUUGGUUUUUAUGGAGGCUUGUUUAUGUUUAUGUGAGAAGCCUCCAAAAUGUCACUCUGUUACAAAAAAGUGAUGUCCACAAUCCAGCUGUAAAUAGUCAAAAAGUGGAGUGGUAUACUGAAUAGGUGUCAUAAGUUUUUCCUGAAGACCUUCCUAACCCCUGUCAUUGAACUUAUUCUGAUGGCACUGUUUCCUUUAUCACUAUAUGAAAACUGCACCUCUUCCAGGGAUUCGAAGAGAUAGCUUGUGGUUUUGACCAUAUUUUUGGCUGCUUUUGUGCAUGUAAGGCCCCUGAAAAGUCAAGGCCUUUUUGUUUCUACUUUUUUUUUUUUUUUUUUUAACCAAAGGGACAUUGUCUCCUGACUCGUGUGCCUCACCUUGUUGCUAAAUGAAGUAAAACUUCACUGUAAUCAUGAUCAAAAUCAUGAAAUCAUGCACAGGCCUCCUGCCACCGACAGCGUCCAGCUGGAGUGUCGGCAGGGAUUUCCUCUUUCUGUCACAUGAUUUACACAACGGAAGUUUAAAGCAGGGUUUCCAACAUGGAGCUGCCUCCCAAAUCGGCACCUUUUUAUACUUGUGAAAAAUGUGGGUCUUCGCAUCUGGCUUCGAAGAAAGGUCAGAAUAGAUACCCAUGACUACAAGUAGGCAAUGUGUUUAACCGGUAUAAUCCAGGCUAAAGUCCACUUUCCUUUUCUUUCUUCAAAGUGUGAGAAUCUAAAGUAUCUGUUUCUUAGCCGGGCCAGACACGGUGAAAAACUGAUUAAAGGAUAUAUUUGGUGUCACUCUGGUUCCUCUGAGAUUGUCAGGAGUCAUAAUUACUUCUGGAAAGUGAAAGAGCCCCAUGAGCUUUGUGGCUGAGAAUAGAAAGAGGCCUAUAAGAAAGAUAUAAACACUUUGUGUUAUUUCAGUACCUGCACCAACACAAUGCAAAUAUUUAAUUUUCCUAAAUCAGUUUGUAUGGGCUUUUUCCUCAAAUGCAUUGUGGGUCUGAAAACAGAAACACUGAACUAACCUUUGAACACAGUGUAAUCAAAAAAAGGCUAAAACUUAAAAGGCCUAUAAUGGGAAAACUUCUUACUAUGAACAUUACUGUGAACCGUUGGUAAAUACUGUGUAUGUAAUCGUUGCUACAAUCUAUACAAUUAUUUAUUAUUCUUGCAUAUGGCAAAAAGUGAUACCUUAUUUGUGUUGCAGUGUAAGACCCUCAUAUUGACAAGUGUGUGAUGGUCUGCAUGUGUUCUGGCUCCCUGACAUUCCUGUCAGCAUUUAGUAUAGAAUUUGGAGAUGAUUUGGACACCAACGUGGUUUAACCUAUAAACACGUGUUGCCCUUGCACACUCAUGGUAUCGCACUGCAUGGGGGGAAAAGCAGAAAUACAAAAAGCACUAUUCAACAUGAUUCUUACACUCCCCAAUCUGAUUCAUGCUUGCUUCAAUCAUCCUGCUCAACCUUUUUCCAACUUUUAGAUGAUGCACUUUCACCCUCUUAUUUGACACAAGUAACAGGGUAUACCUUUGUUAAAUGGACGCAUAUUGUAUUUAUUUCAGAGGACCUAGAAAAUGUUGUUGGUUUUUAUGAGAACCUGUGGUUGUUGUUAAAGUACCAAAAUUAUUUGCACAGAGAAAUGUUAUUUAUGUGCUGUUUUACAUAAACACAUUUCAGUAAUAAAGGAAACAUGAAUACCCAUGA